AUGUCCCUGCCAACGCUCUUGCAUGCUCAGCCUCAUGACACGAAAGAAGAGUUGACAAGCAGGCGCCUGGCUGCCCAGCUUCAUCCAGACAAGAACUCGUCGGUCGGUGCGCACGCAGCAUUCAUCAAGUUGAAGGAGGAGUUUGAGGAGGCCGUGCAGUAUGCUCCAUCUUUGGCCCGGCAGCAAAGAACGCAGGCGCUGGAUGCCAAGAGGACCUGCCACGUGCGCAGGAAGAAGGGGUGGUCUCAGAAUCGGAGCAAGGGCAAGCAGGCAAGCCAGAAGCUCUUGGCCAUUGAGGACGCGCCGUUCCAGAAGGCAGCCAAGAGGGCGCCCAAGGUGCGGGAGCAGUCCCUGGAGUGCACUGCGCACCAGGUGAUUCUAGGUUUGCAUGUGUCUGAGCCGCUGCUUCUGUUCCAAUCUCAGGAGGGGCAGGAGGAGUGCCCAUUCUGGAUCCCGGACGAGCUGCGCGAGCACUUCAUCAUUUCCCCGACCCCGGAAAGUGAAUGCGAGGUGGCCGCAGAACCAGACACCUUGAGCUCCGCCGCAGAGUUCCUGCUCGAGAAGGGCUUCGUCGCGACGUCGCCCGGAAAUGCUCCAGGCAGCCAAACUCCUGGGGAGCAGCAGCGAGACAACUUUGAGUUGGAAGAGUGUGAGGAUCCAAAGGGCCGGGACAUGAACUUCCUCUUCCCCAUUUCGGGUGGCCUGGCGACGAACUUCGAGCGUUUUCUGACGCAUCCCCGGGAGUCUUUUCCCUUGGGCGCCCACUUCGAGGCAGUGUCGACUGUCAAGCUGCGCAGGAGUUCGAUGCACCACUUGGAAGAUUGGAAGAGGUCAUCGAAGGCUUCUCCAAACACAAAGAUUUGGCGCAGGUGUGUGAAACCUCCGAUGAGAUGA